GGGAUCGUUUCGGGUCCUGGGAUCAUUUCGGGUCCUGUACAGUUCUCCUUUCGGACGCGAGAGGAAGUGGGCACCCUGUGGAAUUCUACUUCUAAGUGACCGAGGAACGAGAGCCUCGAUUCAAAAUGGAGUCCGCCAUCGACAAAUUAGAAGCUCUGCUCCAGAAAACAGACUCAGACUUGAACGUGAUUUCUCUGCGACUAGAUACAGAAUUUUCUCAACAAUUUGCUAAAAUUGGAGAAAAGAAUUUAAAUCCUGUGAAGCUGCUGGAAAGAAUCAACAAAGCCAAACAUGACUUCAAACUGUUGCAAACAGAGAUGAUGGAAAUAUCAAAGAGACAGAAAGAUGUACAGGCAGAACUGACAAACAACCUGGUUCCAAUGCAACAAAUGAUACAAGCACUUCAAAUACAAACAGGACUAGAGGUUGCUGAGAGAACAGAAGAGGAAGCAUUUUUAAGGAAUAUUGCACCAUCUACAGCGCUUUCUCAGAAUGCUGAAAGUUAUCAAAAAGAUGAUGAAAAGGAGAACAAUAGGAUUCUUGAAAACACUGAAAACCUAGAAAUAAAGAGAAAUCUGAAGGAGUUCAUUCCCGUCACUGAGGCAGAAUUCAAUUCUGUAUCAGAACUUAUUCGGGGGAGAGUAAAGCUUGAUGCUGUGAACAAGGUUCAUGAGACUCUGUUUGAACAUUUCAAAAAGAACAAGAAAAGCUCUCCACUUAUGCCUCAAGAUAUGUUUCGAAUGGGAUUAAAAGUCACUGGUACAACAGGAGAAGCUAAGUUAAAGGUUUUGAGAGCACUGAAAAUUAUAUCAAUCUCAAACAAAGGAGCAGUCAAGUGGCAAUCAUGACACUAGGAUAUUAUAGCCGGUAUAGAGAAAUUGUGUAUGUAUGGCCAUACAGUAACAGACUGCAACAGUAGGCCUAAAUGUUGCAGCAGUUAAUUUCAGUAAAAAAUGCUCCACAUCCACAUAAACAAUUUUCAAGAAUAUUUGAAAUAUGUUGAGAACAUUUUUUUAUUCAAGUAUCACAAAUACAAAAAGAAAUACAAAUGUUGUAGUUAUUAGAGAUUGAAAUAAUUAAAAUUUGUUUGUUAAUACUCUUAAA